UCAGGGUCCUCGGCCUGGGGGUCUGGACCUGAACUUUGGGCGGUUCCCGCGGCUGUUGCGACGGGACCGCGCCCCACCGCCCAGGGCUCACCCUCGGAACCCACCCUGGUUCUGGCUGCGCGCCUUGUCUCUGUGCGACCGACGGCCCCCCCCACCCUCGACCCCGCGUCAGCGCGUGGGCGUGUGGUGGAGGCGGAGCCCGCUGUCCCAGGACCGGCGAUUGGCUGAUUCCGCUUUCCUUUCGCCUUCCUGGCUGCGGAGCGCAGGUGUGAAGUGACCGCAAGUGUAGGACCCAGAGCUCGGAAGGAAUGAGCUUUGCUUUUCCAGUGAGGUCUUAACAUCGCCCACAGCAGUUUGAGCUAUCCGUCAGCCGCAGUUUCCAGAAAUAGUUAGGAUUUAUGUUAUUUUUGCGGUCGGUGGAAGAUGUUGGCAUUUAUGUUUGCCUCCGGGAGUUUUUUACUGGCAACUUAAACGACUUAUUUUUCCCUAGAAACACUAUUCUGUCCCUCAGGGGCUCAUAUUGUUAUUUUCCAUGACAGGUCCUGACGACAAUAUUUGCAAAAAGUAUAUAAAGAUGAUAACCAAUAUAGUUAUAUUGAGCCUGAUCAUUUGCAUUUCUUUAGCUUUCUGGAUUAUAUCUAUGACUGCAAGCACCUAUUAUGGUAAUUUACAGCCUGUUUCUCCUUGGCGUUGGCUGUUUUCUGUUGUUGUUCCUGUUUUGAUCGUCUCUAAUGGCUUUAAAAAGAAAAGUCUAGACCACAGUGGGGCUUUAGGAGGGCUUGUGGUUGGAUUUAUCCUAACCAUUGCAAAUUUCAGCUUUUUUACCUCUUUGCUGAUGUUUUUCCUUUCUUCUUCAAAACUCACUAAAUGGAAGGGAGAAAUAAAGAAGCGUCUAGAUUCAGAAUACAAAGAAGGUGGGCAGAGGAAUUGGGUUCAGGUGUUCUGUAAUGGAGCUGUGCCCACUGAGCUGGCCCUGCUCUACAUGAUAGAAAAUGGCCCCGGGGAAAUCCCAAUAGAUUUUUCCAAGCAGUAUACUGCUUCCUGGAUGUGUUUGUCUCUCCUGGCUGCACUGGCCUGCUCUGCUGGAGACACAUGGGCUUCAGAAGUUGGUCCGGUUCUGAGUAAAAGCCCGCCAAGGCUAAUAACAACCUGGGAAAAAGUUCCAGUUGGGACCAAUGGAGGGGUCACAAUGGUGGGCCUUGCUUCCAGUCUACUUGGUGGCACCUUUGUGGGCAUCACGUACUUCCUCACACAGUUGGUUUUUGUUAAUGAUUUAGACAUUUCUGCUCCCCAGUGGCCAAUUAUUGCAUUUGGGGGUCUGGCUGGAUUACUAGGAUCAGUUGUAGACUCAUAUUUAGGAGCUACAAUGCAGUUUACUGGUUUAGAUGAAAGCACUGGCAUGGUGGUCAAUAGCCCAGCGAAUGACGUGAAGUACAUAGCAGGGAAACCAAUUCUUGAUAACAACGCAGUGAAUCUGUUUUCUUCUGUCCUCAUUGCCCUCUUACUCCCAACUGCUGCUUGGGGAUUUUGGCCCAGGGAGUGAACUUCUUUUCAUUUACAAAGGUUGAAACUGUGGUAAAUUCAGCUAAAUUUGCAAUUCCAAGUUUAAUCCCUAAGAAGAAUAAUUGUAAUUGACAAAGAGAAAAUACUGGCUCUUCCCAUAUUCAUUGUGAUGAGAUUCCACAUUUUUCUUCUCAUUAACUCCCGUGAAACAGCCAACCUCUUUGUAGUGAAAGGUAAUUGUACAUAGAACUUACUUGUGUUUUUCUUCUGCUAAAUAGAGCUUCUUGAGCAAUGAAGCGCUGAUGUCCCUAAAUAUUGCUGUAUGUUGGCCUAAAAGUGUAAUGCCACUUUGUGCCAGUUGCCCAAAUUUUAGUUUUGGGUGGUUUAAAUUGAUGUGUGUGGAAGCCUGAAUAAAUAUACUCUUCACUUCCUCCAUUAUUUGCCAUUUCCAGUUGUGAGAAGUGUGGAGUAUGGUUCUUAGGGAGCUAUUCCACAUGUGUUCUUCCUUCCUCAGGGUUAGUAAUGAAAAAAAAGUAAAUGUCUUUUUCAUAUGACCAUUAGAAUGCAUGAAAAAAAUUAUUUUUAAGUAAAAGCAAAAGAGAUUUAUCUUCUGUCAAUAAAAUGUGCACCUUACUUAUAUUUUAGAUGAUUUUUGAGCAGACAUUAUCUUGAAUUUAAUAUUUUUUAAUGUAUUUUCUAGCUUUCUUUGAAAUUUAUAUAGAAAUCUGUUUUACGGGGCACCCUGAACAGUUAGAGUCACUGGAAAACUAUCAUAGUUAUUUUUUUAUUUGCUACCUAGAAUUGAUUGGAAGAUGCUAUGAUUUCCUAUUCUGUGCUGAAGUUAUGCUCUCCUGUACAAUAAUAGACUCAACUAAAAUGAA